UUAUGAUCUGUGAUCCAUUGUGUCAUACUUUUUAUUUUUUCUAUGUAUUUUAUGUAAAUCAAUAAACAAAAUAAUGGAAGAUCAUGCUGUACGAAAUUUCAAAGACUUUUUAUUACUUUACAAUCAACUAACAGAGAGAUGUUUCAAAAAAUGUGUGGAUCAAAUUCAGCGCAGAGAAUUGGACCAAAACGAAGUGGCAUGUGUCGAAAAUUGCUCUACCAAGUUUAUUAAGUACAAUAACAAGUUAAUGGGUAAUUUUGUGGUCUCGCAAACUGCACUUGUAAAUAAGAGAACCAAAGAAAUGGAAGAGGAACAAAAAAAACUGUUGGAAGAACAAAAAAUGGCGGAAAUAAACACAGAGAAUAGUAUUGAUAGUGUAGCAUAUUAAUAAUAAUACUAGUAGUUUUAUAUAAAUGUAUAUUAAUUUGUUGGCAAUAUAUUUGUUGGG